AUGUCCCGAGGUGCGGGUGAGGCUGCGCUCUCAGGUACCGCGUUGGCUUCGGCCUCCCUCACCUUUACACUUGACUCUGGGGCUUCUCGCUCCUUCUUUCGGGACCGCACCACACUCACGCCGCUUGGUCGGCCGGUUGUUGUCUCCCUGGCUGACCCCUCUGGGGGUCCUGUCCUCGCUCACUUCUCCACUGUCCUCCCGUGUCCGGCUGCCCCCUCGGGCACCCUGUCUGGCCUGUACCUCCCCUCGUUCUCGACGAACUUGGUGAGUGGUGCAGACCUACAGGAUGCGGGGGUUCACCAGUUCACUCCUGCGAGUCAGCGGGUGACCCACUGCACGGACGCACGCACAGGCCGGCACCUGGCCACGUUCUCGCGUCGGCCGGGGUCGAGCCUCUACACCCUGACCACUGAGUCUCCUCCUGUCCCCGCGUCCGGUCAGGUAGCAGCGUCGGGUCAGGUGUUUGCUGCUGCGUCCAGGUCUGGUCCUGAGUCUGCCCCCUGUUCGUGUCGCCUCCUGUCUCACGAGACUCUUCUGUGGCACCACCGUCUAGGCCACCCCUCCUUGCCCCGUCUUCGGGGCAUGGCUUCCCGUGUCCUUGUCUCUGGUCUUCCCCAGUCUCUCCCUCCCCUUCCUUCGGGACCAGGACCUUCCUGUGUCCCCUGUGUCGAGGGGCGCCUCAGGGCUGCUCCUCACUCCUCUCAGUUUCCCCCGACAGAGGCUCCUCUGCAGACGCUUCACAUGGACGUGUGGGGCCCGGCCCCCGUCCGUGGGCAGGGUCACGAGCGCUACUUCCUGUUGGUGGUUGACGACUACUCGCGUUACACCUCAGUCUUCCCCUUGCGCAGCAAGGGUGCUGUCACUGAGGUGCUGAUCGACUGGAUCCGCGAGGCUCGUCUCCAGCUCAGGAGGAGCUUCGGCUCGGACUUUCCUGUUCUGCGUCUGCACUCUGACCGAGGUGGGGAGUUCUCCUCUCGCCUUCUGCGAGACUACUGUCGUGCACAGGGGAUCCGCCAGACCUUUACGCUUCCGGACUCUCCACAGCAAAAUGGGAUUGCUGAGCGCCGCAUUGGCAUGGUCAUGGAUGUCGCUCGUACGUCCAUGAUGCAUGCGGCUGCCCCCCAUUUUCUGUGGCCGUUUGCGGUUCGGUACGCGGCGCAUCAGCUCAACCUUCACCCCAGGGUCUCUCGGCCCGCGAUGUCCCCAGUGUUACUGUGGACGGGGAAGGUUGGCGAUGCGUCUGCGUUCCGUGUCUGGGGAUCUCGGGCGUUUGUCCGCGACUUGUCUGCGGACAAGCUGUCCCCCCGUGCUGCUCCCUGUGUCUUCCUUGGCUUCCCCCUUGACGCUCCAGGGUGGCAGUUUUACCACCCCACCUCUCGUCGUGUUCUGUCCUCCCAGGACGUCACGUUCGACGAGUCAGUCCCCUUCUACCGCCUCUUCCCCUACCGUACUCCUUCCCUCCCCCCCCCACCGGACUUCCUGGUGCCAGUUCCCCCCCCGGUAGACCCCCUCCCCCCUCAGGUUCCUGCCCCUUCAGCUUGGGGGUGCUGCUGCUGGGGGUGCUGA